AUGGCGGAAAAGGUAGAAGUAUCUGUUACAGAAGGAGAAAGCACGAUUGAAGAAAGAGACAGAGAAGCUAUGAGGGAAUUUGAGGAGGGACUCGAUCAACCCAUGGAUGAAGAAGCUGAUAUGCUCAAGGACAUGCACAGAGAAAAGGGCUUGUCAGUGUGGAUGUUACUGAGACUAUCAUUCCAAAGUCUAGGGAUAGUUUACGGCGAUCUAGGGACUUCUCCAUUAUAUGUGUUCUACAAUACAUUCCCUGAUGGAAUUGAUGAUAGUGAAGAUGUGAUCGGAGCUCUUUCUUUGAUCAUUUACUCUCUUCUGCUUAUACCUCUCAUCAAGUAUGUGUUCAUUGUCUGCAAAGCUAAUGACAAUGGUCAAGGUGGGACUUUAGCUAUAUACUCAUUGCUUUGUAGACAUGCUAACGUGAAUCUCAUCCCGAAUCAGCAACGCAGCGAUGAGGAUCUCACGACUUAUAGUCGAACUUUAGUCGCUGAAGGAUCUUUUGCUGCUAAGACAAAGAAGUGGUUGGAGAGUAGACAUUCAAAGAAGAGAGCCCUUCUUGUCAUUGUUCUUCUAGGGACGUGUAUGAUGAUAGGUGAUGGUAUCUUAACCCCAGCCAUCUCCGUUCUUUCAGCCACUGGUGGGAUCAGAGUCAACAAUCCAAAGAUGAGCAGCGACAUCGUUGUGCUUGUGUCUGUCAUCCUUUUAAUUGGACUGUUCAGUAUGCAACACUAUGGUACAGACAAAGUGGGUUGGCUGUUUGCGCCUAUUGUCCUUAUUUGGUUCCUCUUCAUUGGAGCCACUGGCAUAUACAACAUAUGCAAACACGAUACAAGCGUUUUAAAAGCGUUUUCGCCAACAUAUGUAUACUGGUACUUCAAACGACGAGGACGACAUGGUUGGAUUUCGCUAGGUGGCAUUCUUCUCAGCAUAACAGGCACGGAGGCACUAUAUGCGGACAUUUCUUAUUUUCCUUUACUAGCGAUACAGCUCGCUUUUACACUUUUUGUGUUCCCUUGUCUUCUUCUAGCAUAUUGCGGGCAAGCGGCAUAUCUUGUGACCCACAAGGAACAUUAUAAAGACGCCUUCUAUGCAUCUAUCCCUGGAACUGCGGUUGUGGUUGUGAUGCUUGUGACCACAUUACUGAUGGUGUUGACCAUGCUUCUCGUGUGGCGGCUCCACUGGAUCGUUGUCCUUGUAUUCGCCAUUCUCUCCCUUGUGGUUGAAUUGUCCUACUUCUCGGCUGUGCUCCUAAAGAUAAAUGAAGGAGGAUGGGUUCCACUCAUCAUAGCAGCGAUCUGUCUUUUGGUAAUGUUUGUUUGGAAUUACGUAACAGUCAAGAAAUAUGAGUUUGAAGUGCACAGUAAAGUUUCCAUGAGUUGGAUCCUCGGUCUCGGUCCCAGCCUUGGUCUUGUACGUGUCCCUGGGAUAGGGUUGGUACACACGGAACUAGCGAGUGGUGUCCCUCACAUCUUCUCUCAUUUCAUCACUAACCUCCCAGCGACUCACUCUGUUGUAGUCUUUGUAUGCGUCAAGAACCUCCCCGUCUACACUGUUCCUGAAGAAGAGAGGUUUCUUGUGAAGAGAAUCGGACCGAAGACAUUCCGAAUGUUCCGCUGCGUAGCCAGGUAUGGUUACAAAGAUCUACACCGGAAAGACGACAAUUUCGAAAACAAACUGUUGGAUAGCCUAUUCUCUUUCAUCCAAACGGAAAAAAUGAUGGAGUCAUAUUCAAACUAUAGCAACAGCGCGUAUUCCCUCAACCAUACACAAGUGUCCAGAGAGGAAUUGAUCUGUAACAACAACAAUAACAACAAGGUUGUGUUCUCAUCGAUGUUCGACUACCCGGUAUCAACUCUAGACACGUUAGUUUCAGCUGAUUCACCGCCUAGUUCAAUGAGUUUCAGUCAGAACUACAUAGUGGAGGAAGAGGAGGAGGGGGAGGAUGAGUUGGAGUUUUUAAAGACUUGUAAAGAGUCAGGGGUUGUCCAUAUCAUGGGAAACACCGUGGUGAAGGCAAGAAAAGGAUCAUUGCUUCCAAAGAAGAUAGCCAUUAAUUAUGUUUAUCGGUUUCUUGCUAAGAUGUGUAGGGCGAAUAGUGCUAUCUUACAUGUUCCUCAUGAAACCCUUUUAAACGUUGGACAAGUCUAUUAUGUUUAG